UCUCAUGAUUACUGUGGCUGUGAGUAGUGUGAGUGUGUGAAGUGCGUGCGUGCCGCUGUGAGCCUAGGCGAAAUGGCCAAGAAAGACAAGGCAGCUCAGCAAGAGAAGAAAAAUGAAGCGAACGAAAAUGAAGAGCCGAAUUUCAGCGAUGAAGAGGGCUUUGUAGACAGAAUAUCCGACCAAGAUUUAUUGGGUGACAUCUUAGCUGAACGUCCCAAGGAAACAGAUGGUGUGGAAUCCAUCAUAGUUGUUGACAAAGGACCUCGUGUUGAACCUGAGAAGUUGAACAAGUUCAAGAGUGUCAUCAACUCUUUCUUCUCUGAACCAGGGCAGAUUGUCAGCGCGUAUUAUCCUGUAGGCGAAGAUGGCAAAACCAAGGGAUAUUUUUUCCUUGAAUAUGCCAGUCCCACCAUCGCUCAAAAUGCAGUCAGUAUCUAUAACAAUGCACCAUUGGACAAGAAUUACACCUUUGCUGUGAAUCCUUUCACUGACUUUAAGAAGUAUGAGGAGAUACCGGCUUGGGAACCACCAACGCCUGAACCGUACAAACCACUCCCUAAUCUCCAAUACUGGCUUUUGGAUCCAGAUGCCUUUGACCAGUAUAUUGUCAGAAAUGAUAUGAAUCUUGUUCAAGUUUGGCAUAAUACUCUACCUCAGCCGCAAGUGAUUUGUGAGAAAGAAGGAUGGACUGAAACGUAUGUGCAAUGGUCUCCCUUAGGAACAUACUUGGUAACGUUCCACAAACUUGGUGUUAUUUUGUGGGGUGGACCAGAAUGGGAGAGGAUCAUGCGUUUUCAUCAUCCUGGUGCCCAGUUUGUGGACUUUUCACCUUGUGAACAAUAUAUGGUCACAUACUCUCCACAAACUGAGAAUGUCAACAAGAAAUUAAUUAUUUUUGACAUUCGAUCUGGAGCUGAAAUGAGAUCCUUCAGUCUGGAAAUGCCGGCUAUUUGGCCCAUUUUUAGAUGGUCCAAAGAUGACAAGUAUUUUGCCCGAAUAACUCGUAAUUUACUCAGUAUUUAUGAAACACCAUCUUUUGGAUUAUUGGACAAGAAAAGCAUCAAUGUCUCAGACAUCAAGGAUUUCUCUUGGUCACCAACUGACAACAUCUUAGCAUAUUGGGUUGCUGAGUCGAAAGAUGGACCUGCUCGUGUUGUCCUCAUGGAAGUUCCCAGUCGUAAAGAACUUCGUACUAACAAUGUUUUCAACGUAGCGGACUGUAAAAUCCAUUGGCAGAAAAGUGGAGAUUAUCUUUGUGUCAAAGUGGAUCGAUACAGCAAAAUCAAGAAGGAAAAAAAUGAUAUCAAGUACAGUAAAAUGUACUAUAACUUGGAAAUAUUCCACAUGAGGGAAAAAUUGAUCCCUGUUGACAGUAUCGAAAUUAAAGAACAAAUCCAUGCGUUUGCCUGGGAACCUGUUGGCAGUAAAUUCGCAAUUGUUCAUGGAGAACCAAAGAACGUCACUGUUAGCUUUUACAAUGUUAAAACAAAACAGGACCCUGUUUGUUUGAAAAAGUUUGAAAAGCGAACUUGCAGCCACUUAUUCUGGUCUCCACAUGGUCAGUUCAUAGUUCUCGCUCAACUCUUGGCAGAUAGUGGAGCUCUAGAAUUUGUGGACACCAAUGAUUUUGCGUCAAUGAAUACCACAGAGCAUUUCAACGCCUCAGAGGUUGAAUGGGAUCCAACUGGCCGCUACAUUUUCUCUGGUGUGCCUCAGUGGAAGUCGAAGAUUGACACUGGGUACUGGAUUUGGUCUUUCCAAGGGAAAAUACUUAAGCGGUACAAUACUACAUCAUUCGUUCAAUUUGCCUGGAGACCACGCCCACCAACUUUACUCUCUCCGGAACAACUGAAGGACAUCAAGAAGAACUUGAAGAAGUACACUUCAGAGUUCGAACAAAAAGAUAGAACUCGGAUGACCAAAGCAUCAAAGGAAUUAAUUGAGGCAAGAUGUAAACUAAUGGAUGAGUUCAAGAAGUCAAUAACCAAACGAAUGCAACGGUGGAAGGACAAGAAGAAACGACGACUGGAACUUCGUAAUCAUGUUGAUACUGAUGACUUGGAAGGCGCUGACGCAGGAAGUGUAGAAGAAGAAUCAAUUGAAUUCUUAAUCAAAGUUGAAGAAAUCCCUGUGGAGUAGUUGGCUAGGGAAUCUUUUGUUUUCAAUUACCUUGGCUGUGAUACCGCACACGUGCUCUAAACGUGUUUCUGUAUAUUUAGUCUUGGUAAUCGUUAGUCAAUGAAAUGGAAAAGCCACUUCUCCAACAAAUGAUGCUCAGCUUUUUUCUACCAUCUGUGCUACAUUUCAUCGCUGGAAUUCUGAACUUUUUACUUCUCUUAUUGUUUUUGCUGAAAGCUGACUUUCUUUCUUGGUUGUGGCGUUUACCAUCCUUCCCUAUUUUUAAGAACAUGUUAUUUCUAAUAAAUCUUCCUUUUUUUUUAGAA